AUGGAUGACAUGGUAACGGUCCUUGCCAAAUCUAUGGUGCUUCCGUCUAUGAGCAGGGAUUGUAAAAAGGGCAACUGGGCCAAUAUGGCGGCCAGGGAUGCAUUGUCGGUAAACACCCACGCGGGACCCAGUAUGUUGAGGUGGGAAGCUCAUGAUGUCCCGUCAUCUGGACCCGACGGCAGCGCGUUAGCAUCAGUCGAGAAGUGUGGCGAGGUGUCGGCUGAUGACCGGUCCAGGAGGGAGUGGUGCAUAGUGCUCUACACACCGAUGAUUGAGUCUGGGGAAGUGACUAUGAUGGGUAAGGGAGACCUCGGUAUCCGGUAUCAUGGAAGUACCGUUCAAGGUGGAACGAAGCGCAUCCAGCGUGAUCUAAUGAUGCUUAUACGAGAUAAGGUGGUGUUACCCGAUAAUGCUAUCACCAUCGAUUCUCAUGCCGCUGCAUGCAAUCUAAAAUCUAGCAAGCCGCUGUUCUCCUCGACCCCAUACAAGACACGGAGCGAAAUAUCUGUGACCGUGGUGAAGAAUGAAGAUGUAGAACAAAAACGAAGGAACGAGUCCAUAGUGGCCUGUGUUGCCGACUCGAUAACCAGCCAGUGCAUCUGGUGGGAGGAUCGAAGGAUGAUAUGGGAGACGACGAAGGAUCAUGGACGAGGUGAUGUGAUUGUCGAGGACGAAUAUGUCGCUGGUGAAGGUGAUAUGCUUCACAUAAUGCUCAAUGGACUGGUUUUUUUCGAGGAGAGACUAACACGCAGGGCAACCACUGUUUCUGUACUAGCGAGAGACGUUUCCCAUCAUCGAUGGACGAAAGGACAUGCUGAAAUAUUUUCAGCAGUAUCUCGGGAGAAAGAAGAUUUAUGGGAGUGGAAUGCAUAUCAGAGUGGAGAUGCUGUUCAAGAACGACUGAAGCAAUGCGGCCUGCCACAUGUACCACAGAAAGAACAGUUUUUAGUCUUACUGAAGAAGUUGUUCACGCAACCGAUCCUUCCAGCUGGUGCAAUGGAAUCUUGUAUGGUACACAUUGCUGGGAGCCUAUCGUGGUACCUGUUCAAAAAGCUAUUCGAUGGCAUGAUCAGAAAAAGAAGUGGUCUCAGAGGCAAUGUGCUCGCUUUGAAAGUGAAGAAUGAGUCGGGCCGAUAUGUCAACAUGACUCUAGCAGAUGAAGCUAAGACGAGUCAGACCUUGAAGGUUACCAGCCACGUCGAACGUAAAUUCAGUUUCAAUUUCAUGCACGAAAGCAAUGUUCUACACAAUUUGAAGCAGGAUUUUCCAUAG